AUGCGUGCUAUCUGCGAAUCCGGAAGCCAGGUGUACGGAGCCCUGCGCCGGGGAGUCUUCGAAGGAAGCAUCCACACCGCCGGGGACGAUUUCUACGUGGAACGAGCGAGCAACUACUUCAACGGAAGCGCGCCGUUUCACUCGGUGCUCUACUCGGCCAGGGACGUCCAGUUCCCGCCUCCCGAAGGAACCGGCGGAAGCCAACGACGCCGCCAGUGGUGCGGCCUCUACGGGCACCGGGAGCGUUGGAUGAACCGGGUCCUCGACUCGUUCGGGAAGAGAAAAGUCGGGGAAGCCGACACGAAACAUCGAUACAUAGGCCGCCGACUUCACGGGACUUUGCCUGAAGCCGAGGAAGAGGAAGACACCACCGACGUCGAUCAAUCCGAUUCCUCCCCGGAGCGGGGUGCCGUCAACGAGACCAAACGCCGAUCGCUGGACAUAUCGAGGCGCGUGUGCAACCUCCAAGUGAACAUAGACCACACGCUCUUUCAGAAGUUCUACGACCACGACGAAGAUCCAACUUUAACCAGGGAACGGUUGGCGGAUCUGAUUGUCGCGCACGUGAGACGCGCCAACAUUAUCUACGGAGCCACGAACUUUGGGGGCAUCGAGGACAUCAGCUUCGUCGUUCAGAGCAUCAAGAUGAACGACACCUCGCACUGCCUCGGACUGUCGAGGAUCUCGAAUCCCUUCUGCGUCUCUGGCAUGGACUCGGCACACAUGCUCCACGUCGCCUCGCUGGCCAACCACGACGACUUCUGCUUGUCCUACACCUGGACGUACAGGGACUUCUCCGACGGAGUCCUGGGACUGGCCUGGAUCGCCAAGAGAGAAGCUGGCUCCGGGGGAAUUUGCGAGAAGUACCGAAUGUCCGUGGAGCUGGCCCCCGAUACCAAUAAAUACAAAGAGUUCCAGAUGAGCCUCAACACGGGAAUCGUCACGUUUCAAAACUACCACAACUUCGUGCCCCAGUACAUCUCGACGAUAACCUUCAGCCACGAGAUCGGUCACAACUUCGGUUCUCCGAUCAUGUCGCAUAUCAAGGCACGCCUCCCUCACGCGGCGUCUGCGAACGAGCAUUGGUAUGUUGAACACUGCGCUGCUAGGCUGUACGGAGACAAUGACAGAGAUUAA